AUGGCCUUCACCUUCGCCGCCUUCUGCUACAUGCUGUCGCUGGUGCUCUGCGCCGCCCUCAUCUUCUUCGCCAUCUGGCAUAUAAUCGCCUUUGAUGAGUUACGRACAGACUUCAAAAGCCCAAUAGAUCAGUGCAACCCAGUCCACGCACGAGAGCGACUGAGAAACAUUGAGCGUAUUUGCUUCCUCCUGCGAAAGCUGGUGUUGCCUGAAUACUCCAUCCACAGCCUUUUCUGCAUAAUGUUUUUGUGCGCUCAGGAGUGGCUCACGCUGGGGCUAAAUGUUCCCCUGCUUUUUUAUCACAUUUGGAGGUAUUUCCAUUGCCCAGCAGAUAGUUCAGAACUAGCAUAUGAUCCACCUGCAGUCAUGAAUGCAGAUACCUUGAGUUACUGUCAAAAAGAGGCCUGGUGUAAGCUAGCUUUCUAUCUCCUUUCCUUCUUCUACUAUCUUUACUGCAUGAUCUACACUUUGGUGAGCUCUUAACGAAAAGAUCAUCAUUAAAGACUGAAAGCAACAAAGGCUGGAGGUGCAAGAAGUCAGCCAAGUGAUGCAUGAUUAAAAAAAUGGGCAAGGAGUUGAAAACUUUGAACCCAAGAAGCAAAUAGAAUAAGUGAAGUAGAGACCCRGCAAGAAGGAUGGCUGACUGAAGAAGCAGAAUAUCAUGUGAAGAACUGCUGAAUUAAUUUUCUCUCUUGUUUCCCAGUGCGUUGCAGUUGGUAACUCUUAAAUUCAAACAAAACCAAACUUUGACAAGGUGGGCCGAGUUAAAGAACUAUUCCCCUUUUCAGGGGCAAUGCUGCUUGGUUGAAUGAAAUCAUUAUAAUGUCGCCCAGGGAGCAAAGUUGCUUUUCUUAAUGACUGUUCUGUCCUGAGGAAGCAGGAGGCAAGAUCAGCUUACAAGGAAGGAACAGUUACAUAAAACAUUCUGAGAAUGAGCCCUGAGUGUGGAUCAGAUGAGAAGUAUCACCAUUCUCCAGGAAUGUUCACGUGACACUAACCAAACAGGGAUGUUGGGACCUGUGAAGUCGUUUCAGUGUUUGUUGUCUUCCCCACCCAUAGCAACAAUAACAAAUUUGCAGCUGUAGUGACUGUUCUAAUUUCUAAUGAUAUGCUAUUUCUGUAGGUGAAUAUCUGGUAUUUUUGUACUUCGUUUGUUAUGCACCRAUGAGCUAUAAUGGCAUGUAUAAAUUCAUUGAACAUGACUUAAUCAGAUCAAGUACUUAUCAGGAUAGCAUUCCUCUAUGUCCAAAAAAAGAAGGUGGGGAAAAGCAAUAUGUCUUAAGGAAGACUAUAUCACAGACAUGGAAUCCACUGAAAUGUUGGAUAUGAACUGCUGGACCAACUGGUCUUGGUCUGUAAUUCUACUAUACAGCUUUAUUUCUGCUGUCUAAUGAAACUAAUGCACAAAAUGUUUUUUAUAUGAAGUGGGUGAUGAAAGAUGCUCUUUUAUAGGAGUUUUAUCUAGUUCACAUUUAAAAUCAUAUAUGUGGGAUUUAAAAUCAUAUA